AUGAAUUCCUCCCACCACGCCAACCGCUCUGGCAGGGGGCAAACAUCAAGUCCCGGACGAGGACGUGCUCGCGGCGGCCGCUCAAGAGGUGGGUUUAACGAACGACCUACCUUCUCUUCAGGGCCUUCAUCCGUCCCAACCAUCCAGCAAGUCAUCCCCGGUUCAGCGGUCUCCAUCGUGCUCAAAGUCGACCAGCCAACAGGCCGCCAGGUCCAAGGCACCGUGGCUGAACUGCUCACGCGAGGAAACCACCCGAGGGGUAUCAAAGUGCGACUUCAAGAUGGGAGAGUCGGACGUGUGCAGAGGAUGGCUAGUGAGGAAGAGGCGAGGGUGGGUGCAGAGGGAUUGAGUGGACUGGGGAGGAAUGGAGAGGGACGCAGUGGUGCCAAUGGUCAUGGUGGAGGGGUGGGAAUGGAAACCGGGAUGAGAAGUGAGAUGCAAAUGAUGGGGGAGCAGGUUGGUGGGUUUACGGGGAGGAAAUAUGGGGAUUACAGGCUUGACGCGCCGGAUGAGCCUCCUGCGAGUGAGUUGAGUCUGGAAGAUUAUAUUGUCACGAAAGGCAACAAGAAGAAUCGUCGAGGGAAGAACAUUUCGAAAACGGACCCGAAUCUGGAGACGGCCGUCGGGAGUGGCCAAGCGGAGGUCGUUGGGGAUGGAUCUGCUGCUCCGUCAGCGACAACUGUGUGUCCAGUUUGUGGGGAAUUUGAAGGCGAUGAGGUUGCUGUUGCCCACCACGUCAAUGGCCACUUCGAUUGA